AUGACAUCCGCUCAAGGUUUUCACUUUGGAAUACUUCGUAUUUCGAUGAUGCAGUUAUUAAAAGCGCAUGGUUUUGACCGAGCUAAACCUUCUACGAUUGAUACAUUUGCCGACUUGUACAUUAAGUUCUUUUCUUUGCUGCUGCAAGAGGUUCAAAAGCUUGCUCUAGCACGGAUGACGGCUGAUGAUUCGAUAUGUCUUCAGGAUAUAACGUUGGCAUUGCAAAAUUUGGGUUUAGUCAAGCCAGUGGAUAUAUUAGAUGUGUACGAGGCUAAUCCAGAAUUACCCAGUGAUAUAGGGUUCCGAAGGUUAAAGGAUUGGUGUGUGAAUAGCUCAUCGGCGGUUGAUGCCAGGUUGUAUAAUACGCCUAUUCCAGAGCUUUUGAAGGUUAAAGAGGGGAGUAAUAACAAGGCGACAAACAAGCCAUUGUCGUUGAUACCCGAAUACAUAAACCAGUUAAAUAGUGGCAAGAAAAAUGAGGAGGAUGAUAAUGAGGAGACUGAGCUUGUAGAUUCUAUGAUUAAUAAUGGUGACAUGGAUGAUUGGAUAAGGUUCAUGAUUACGAGGCAAAAGGUAAGUGUAUUCAAGAAGAUUUCUGGGAAAAUGCCCAAAGAUAUAGAAAGCUUACCUGCGAUUCCAGGGUUAAAGAACUCUGUUCUAAGUAGGAAUAAACCGGUAGCAAAUGGAGAACAUGUACCUGUUGUUUUAUCAGAUGAACUGAACCAAGAAAGUUCUAAUAAUAUUGCAGCUCUCACUUCCAAGCUGCCGAUGUCCAAUAUGGAAAACAGAUUAGAAAAUAUUUCACUUUCAUUUGAAAGAGACUCUGAUAUUGAUAUAGAAGAUACAUCAACAUAUCAUGCUCCUAUAGAAGUUUAUGAUCCCGAAUCUAGUCAUUUUUCACAGCAGUUUGAUCACCAGUAUAGGGAUUUCGAUGAAUUUGAAGCUACUACCGGUGAUGGUGGUUUAAACCUAGGUCAAACGCAUAAUACUGAAUAUCAAGAAUUAGAAGAUAUGCAGAAUACUUUCGAACGGAGAGAAUCUCUGGUUUACGAUGGUGACACUUAUGAAUUUAAUAACCUUAAUUAA